AUGGUUUGUCAAGUGCAGUCAGCAGAUUUUUGUAACCUGAAAACCCAAUACAAAAUCAAUGCAAAAAGCGUUUCUUAUGGGAUAUUUCCGACAUACCUUAAAUUUGGUUGGCUUAGGCAGCAUAAGGUGAAUCCCAUCUUAAAGAAGCAGAUUCUAAGAGAUGUCAACUGUGAAGUGACACCAGGAGAAAUCACGGCGAUUGCUGGUCCAAGUGGUGCUGGCAAAACGACAUUGAUUGAGGUUCUUGGGGGAGUUAUCCCUCCCUGCCGGCUCUCGGGUGAAGUGCUCGUCAAUGACCGGCCAAUGAAUACAACUUUUUUCCGGCGAGUCUCGGGAUACGUAACCCAAGAAGAUUUACUAUUUCCACUUCUUACAGUCGAAGAAACCCUCCUUUAUAGCGCCCGUUUACGGCUUCCUGGUCGCCUCGAUAAGUCGAAAGCUCGAGUCCAAGAUUUGCUUGUGGAGCUAGGGUUAUGCAAUGUGUCCGGUGAAAGAAUCGGUGGCGACAACCACCGUGGAAUUUCCGGCGGCGAAAAACGCCGGGUGUCGAUCGGUGUCGAUCUGGUUCAUGAUCCAUCCGUACUUCUAAUGGACGAACCCACUUCAGGACUCGAUUCGGGUGCAGCUCUUCAACUCAUCUCAAUGCUCCACUCAAUGGCUAAAAAUCACCAUAAAACCAUUGUUUUAACAAUCCACCAACCUGGGUUCCGAAUUCUCGAACUAUUCGAUAAAAUCGUGUUAUUAGCAAAUGGAACCAUGGUUCAUCAUGGUUCACUCAACUCCCUUGAGCACAAGCUCAAGUCUGCGGGCCAUGACAUCCCUCGCCAAGUCAAUGUUCUUGAGUUUUCGAUAGAUGUGAUCGAAACCCUAAUCCCGGAUGUGAUGGAAACAGUUAUCCCAGACAUGAACGAACCAAAACCACAAUUCAGUGGCAUAAAUCAAGAUUAUCAUUUACAGUAUGUGAACUGCCUACCCAUUGAGAUAGCAAUACUGAGCGAGCGAUUCAUGUACAACAUUUUCCGAACGAAACAGCUUUUCAUCGGGAGUAUUCUCCAAGGUUUGUUAGUAGGGCUUUUAUUCGGGAUGCUCUUUAAAGACAUUAACCGAUCUCACACCCAAACUCAAAUUGGGUUUUUCGCAUCCAGUGUAGGGUAUUUGCUCUAUACAUCAUCUCAAGCUAUCCCAAUUUUUUUUAAUGAAUGCCGGAUUUUAAUGCGGGAAAUAUCUACUGGUGCCUACCGGAUUUCUUCCUACACAAUUGCAAAUACUCUCGUUUUCCUCCCGAUUCUUUUCAUUGUGGCGUUGUUAUUUGCUAUCCCAACUUACUUGCUAGUUGGGUUACGUGCCGAUUUAGACGGGUUUUUUCUAUAUUUGCUAAUCGUUUGGUUGACUUUAUUGAUGUCCAAUUCUUGUGUGUCUUUAUUUAGUGUACUUGUGUCGAAUUUUAUGAUGGGGGUCUCGUCUGUUGCAAUACUAAUGGGCACAUUUUCUUUGUUUUCGGGGUUUUUCAUAGUGAAUGAAGAUAUACCGAAAUAUUUGAUGUUUAUGCACCAUUUGAGCUUAGUUCGGUACCCGUUUGAGUCUUUGUUGUUAAACGAGUUUGGGGGGUCGAAGGGAAGAUGGAGGUGUCUUCAGCGGUCUGAUGGUGGGUGUUUGGUUUCUGGUGAAGAGUUCUUGAAGAAUGAGAAUUUGAAGGACGUGCAAAAAUGGUAUAAUUUGGGGAUGAUGGUGGUGUUUAUCAUUGGGUACAGGUUUCUUUCGUUCAUGGUGUUGUGCUACAGAUCUUACAGGAGCAGAAACUAA